AUGGGAGACAUGGGAGAUCCACCAAAAAAAAAACGUCUGAUUUCCCUAUGUGUUGGUUGCGGCAAUCAAAUUCACGAUCAGUAUAUUCUGAGGGUUUCUCCGGAUUUGGAAUGGCAUGCGGCAUGUUUGAAAUGUGCAGAGUGUAAUCAGUAUUUGGACGAGAGCUGUACGUGCUUUGUUAGGGAUGGGAAAACCUACUGUAAAAGAGAUUAUAUCAGGUUGUACGGGAUCAAAUGCGCCAAAUGCAGCAUCGGCUUCAGCAAGAACGACUUCGUGAUGCGCGCCCGCUCCAAGGUGUACCACAUUGAGUGUUUCCGCUGCGUGGCCUGCAGCCGUCAGCUUAUCCCCGGGGACGAGUUCGCGUUGCGGGAGGACGGGCUCUUCUGCCGCGCGGACCACGACGUGGUGGAGAGGGCCAGCUUGGGCGCCGGCGACCCGCUCAGCCCCCUGCACCCGGCGCGGCCGCUUCAAAUGGCAGCCGAGCCCAUCUCUGCCCGGCAACCGGCCCUGCGGCCCCACGUCCACAAGCAGCCCGAGAAGACCACACGCGUGCGGACAGUGCUGAACGAGAAGCAGCUGCACACCUUGCGGACCUGCUAUGCAGCCAACCCCCGGCCCGACGCGCUCAUGAAGGAGCAACUAGUGGAGAUGACUGGCCUCAGCCCCCGCGUGAUCCGGGUCUGGUUUCAGAACAAGCGGUGCAAGGACAAGAAGCGGAGCAUUAUGAUGAAACAGCUUCAGCAGCAGCAGCCGAAUGACAAAACUAAUAUCCAGGGGAUGACAGGAACUCCCAUGGUGGCUGCCAGUCCAGAGAGACACGAUGGUGGCUUACAGGCUAACCCAGUGGAGGUGCAAAGUUACCAGCCGCCUUGGAAAGUACUGAGUGACUUCGCCUUGCAGAGUGACAUAGAUCAGCCUGCUUUUCAGCAACUGGUCAAUUUUUCAGAAGGAGGACCAGGCUCUAAUUCCACUGGCAGUGAAGUGGCGUCGAUGUCCUCUCAGCUCCCAGAUACACCUAACAGCAUGGUAGCCAGUCCUAUUGAGGCAUGAGGAACAUUCGUUCAGAUGUAUUUUUUUUUCCCUGUU